CCCUCAGGUUCAGAUCAACCAAGAAGGUCAACCCUAAACCCUCGACUACAUAAUCGUCUUCGAAGAUACUUCCGGCAAGAUUUGGUGUUCUCUUAGAUUUCUCCUUGGCAUGAUAUUCCAUUGCAAUUGGGAGAUGGUGUUUUUAACUUCAUUGUUGAGAUACCCCAAAGAAUCAAGCGCAAAAAUGGAGGUUGCUACUGAUGAACUAUACACUCCCAUUAAGCAAGAUACAAAGAAGGGCAAGCUUCGAUAUUACCCCUAUAAUAUAAACUGGAAUUAUGGAUUGCUUCCACAAACAUGGGAAGACUCAUCUUUUGCCAACUCUGAAGUUGAAGGAGCAUUUGGUGAUAAGGACCCUGUUGAUGUUGUCGAGAUUGGUGAUGCCCAGGGAAAGAUUGGUGAAGUUCUGAAGGUUAAGCCCUUGGCUGCUUUAGCCAUGAUCGAUGAAGGGGAACUUGACUGGAAAAUAGUUGCCAUCUCAUUAGAUGAUCCAAAGGCUUCUCUUGUGAAUGAUGUCAGUGAUGUUGAGCAGCAUCUCCCGGGGGCUCUGACUGCAAUUAGAAAUUGGUUUAGGGACUACAAGAUCCCAGAUGGAAAACCAGCUAACAAGUUUGGUAUUGGCAACAAGGCAGCAAGCAGGGAAUAUGCUAAGGUCAUUACAGAGACUAAUGAGUCUUGGGCUAAACUUGUCAAAGAUCGAUUCCCGCCGGAGAACUUUCGCUCAUAUAACUACUACCCGGAGCAUUAGAGGCAAUGCUUUCAAGUUUCAACUUCAAAAAAAAAAAGUGUUUUUCGCCUUUGGAAAGCAUGUCUUGGUAAUCAUAUGACUUUGAUACCAAUGCAUUUCUAUCUGCUUAUUAUUUGAACACAUUUGAAUUCCUUUUUUAAAAAACCGGGACAGGAUUU